UGGUGUUCGACAACGACAGAUGAGAAAAAAUCGGUGCGAUUGUUAGUACGGCGUCAGUUGGGCCACAAACAACAAUUGCAAAUACGAGAAAGAAUGGCGUGCUUGAAGAUCUACCUUGUUCUGCUCUUGGCUGUUGCAAUCGGCGUGGUUGUUGCAAAACCGGGAUACUUAGGAUACGGAUAUGGUUACUAUCCAUAUCACUAUGGAUAUAGAUUCCCGUUUUAUGGAGGAUAUGGACAUGGGUAUGGAGGGUAUGGACAUGGAUAUGGACAUGGAUAUGGACAUGGAUUUGGCUAUGGAUUUGGAUAUCCGUUCUACGGUGGUUACGGUCACUAUGGUGGUUAUGGUCAUGGUUAUGGCUACCAUGGUUAAAGUGGAUACAAAACAUGGCCUUCUUCUGGAUUUUCUCUGAAAUACUGUCUGAAGAGUGAACUCAGUACAAAGAUGUCUAUGUCGUUUUCUCUCCCUUGUAUCUUUUUGUUACCAGGAUUGAUCCAACGCCACAAAGAAUAUAACUGUCCACGCUUGUGUUACAUUGUACACGCAAUCUAUCUACGGCAAAAUUUUAAGAAAAUAAGAACAAAAUUCUUUAUAAAAAAUAAAACUACAGUAUUACAAAAAGAUAUUUAUAUGUUGUAAUGCUAUCGGGUAUGCUAUCAUAUAGAUAUAAAAUAAAUUGUGCGUAUUAUCAAAAAUAUUAAAUCUUACUAAUGUUUUCAGAAAUCAUAUCUUAAAAAUAUUAAAUCUUUAUUAAUGUUGAUUUCAGAAAUUUUAAGUAAUGAUUUAUCAGUAAUUAUA